AUGCUUGGUUUAGCGUCCGAAACUCAAGAUGUCGGUAUUAAUACUAUGAUUAUGCUUGAUGAACAAGGCGAAAAACUCAAUAAAAUUGAAGAGGGCCUUGAUAAUAUUGAUUAUGGAAUGGAUGAAGCUGAAAGAAAUCUAAAUAAUUUAGAAAAAUGUUGUGGUUUAUGUGUUUUACCAUGGAAGCGUGUUCGUCGUACACAUCGACCAUUCACAAAUAGUAGUACAACAAUUAGUAGUGAUACAUCAUCACCUAAAACUACAGAACCAAAACUACGUAUGGCUGGUGAAGAAGGAAUGCCUUCAAAAGGUUAUGUAACUCGUAUUACAAAUGAUGAUCGUGAAGAAGAAAUGGAUGAUAAUUUACAACUAGUUGGUAGUUUUAUUGGAAAUUUAAAGAACAUGGCACUUGAUAUGGGUGAUACUAUAACAAACCAAAGUAAACAAAUUGAUGUCAUAUCAAAGAAAGCCGAAGAUGGAACUGAGCGUGUGGAAAAUGGUAUCAAACGGACCAACAAAUUGCUUCGAAACUAA